AUGACAGAUGACAGACAACGACACAUGUCGCGCCCAGGCGUGCGUUGUGCGUCAUGCUGCCAGCCUUGGCCAGCCCGAUUGCCGGUUGAUACAUGGGAGGAGGAGACAACAGACAGGAGACAAGGCAGCGGAUGGCACAUGUCGUGCCUUGCCACGCACGUUUACCUUGCCCAAGACGCCGGGGGCGUCGGCAAGGGAGAGAUCCGUGUGGACAUGACAGACUCGAGAGAGUCCAUCGUGUCGUAA